AUUCUCACACGCUCACUCUCUCUCUCUCUCUCUAAAAACUGUGAAUACUUUCUCUCACUAAAGCUCCUCAAUCAUGGAGGAUGAAGCAGUGGCCAAGGCGGCUGCAGGCUGGGCUGAGCUCAAGUACCAAUCUGGGCUGGGCAACCACUUUUCCUCUGAGGCUCUGCCUGGGGCUCUGCCGUUGGGCCAGAACAGCCCAUUAAUUUGCCCGUAUGGGCUCUACGCUGAGCAAAUCUCUGGGACCUCCUUCACUGCUCCUAGAAGGGUCAACCAAAGGAGCUGGUUGUAUCGUAUAAAACCCUCGGUCACACACGAGCCAUUCUACCCCCGGGUACCUGCACAUAAAUACUUAGUCAGCGAGUUCAACCAGUCGACGAGCUCUGUUAAUCCAACACAGCUUCGCUGGAAACCUGCAGAUAUUCCAGGUUCUCCUACUGAUUUCAUUGAUGGACUUUAUACGAUGUGCGGAGCAGGGAGUUCUUUCCUUCGAUAUGGAUAUGCAAUUCACAUGUACGGUGCCAAUAAAUCCAUGGAUGGUUGUGCCUUCUGCAGUGCUGAUGGUGAUUUCUUAGUAGUUCCCCAAGAAGGAAGAUUAUUUAUCACGACUGAAUGUGGAAAAUUGCAAGUAUCCCCUGGUGAAGUUGUUGUUAUUCCACAAGGCUUUCGCUUUUCCGUAGAUUUACCUGAUGGGCCAUCACGUGGUUAUGUUGCUGAAAUUUUCGGAACUCAUUUUCAACUUCCUGAUCUAGGUCCAAUCGGUGCCAAUGGUCUUGCAUCUGCAAGGGAUUUUCUUGUCCCCACUGCUUGGUUUAAUCAUGAUUCUCAUCCUGGGUAUACUAUAGUACAAAAGUUUGGUGGAGAAUUAUUCACUGCUAGACAGGAUUUUUCUCCAUUUAAUGUGGUUGCCUGGCAUGGAAACUAUGUACCAUACAAGUAUGAUCUUAGUAAGUUUUGCCCAUUUAACACUGUUUUAGUCGAUCAUGGCGAUCCUUCAAUAAAUACAGUGCUGACGGCACCAUCAGAUAAGCCUGGUGUUGCACUGCUUGAUUUUGUAAUCUUUCCACCGAGAUGGUUGGUUGCCGAGCACACUUUUCGACCUCCAUAUUAUCAUCGGAAUUGUAUGAGUGAAUUCAUGGGCUUAAUAUAUGGUGCAUAUGAGGCGAAAGCAGGUGGAUUUCUUCCCGGAGGUGCCAGCCUUCAUAGCUGCAUGACACCUCAUGGACCAGACACCAAGAGCUAUGAGGCAACAAUAGAACGAGGAGAAAAUGUGGAACCACACAGAAUAAGCAAUACUAUGGCCUUUAUGUUUGAGUCUUGCCUCGUUCCUCGCGUAUGCCCGUGGGCCCUUGAAUCUCCCUGCAGAGAUCCUGACUAUUACCAGUGCUGGAUUGGCUUGACGUCGCACUUUUCAGGCAAUAAGGAGGAGAAUGCUAAUGGAAACGGCGAGGUAGUUCCCUCUGGAGAGAGUGCAGAUGACUGAUAUGCUCGCGGUUUUCUGGUAACUACAACAAGCUUUGCUGUAUAUAUUAGCAUAAUAAUCUCUCUGGAAGUACCUUUCAUGUGGGUGCAAGCUGAGGGAUCAGAAGAAUAAAUGUACUGUAUAUAUACGAUUGAAAACAUUACGUCCUGGUGGAAAGCACUGUAGUGCAAUUCUGCCUACGUGACCUCACUCUAAUGUGUUUGAACUUACACCCUUCAUAUGGCUGUGGGGGAACAUUCUAAAUAAUUUGGGCCUGUUCGCAGAGUAGUUCAUAAAUGUGAUUCAUAUGCAGUUUCAUUUGUUUA